AUGGAAAGUACAGAAGAACCUAAAGAAAGUAUUUUUACUCAAACGCAAUCAAAAAUAGAACAAAAGUAUCAAAUUUUUAUGGACAAAAUUACACCGUUUACUAAAACUCGAUGGCUAUUAUUUAUAAUUUGUUUAGUUUGGUUUAUGUUUCGGAUGACUCAUUAUCAUAAAUAUUAUAUUUAUGCAUACACUUCAGGGAUUUAUAUUUUAUUCCAAUUUAUUGCAUUUUUAACUCCAAUUAAUGUGGAUACAACUGGAGAACCAUUAUUACCUGAUGUGAGUGGAGUAGAAUAUAGACCAUUUAUGAGAAGAUUAUCAGAAAAGAAAUUUUGGGUAAGAAGCUUUGGAGCCAUCUUUGGUUCAUUAUUAAUGUCAUUUACUAAAAUAGAUAUUCCAGUAUUUUGGCCAAUUCUUUUAGUUUAUUUCAUUGUCUUAUUUGUAGUUACAAUGCAUUCACAAAUUCGUCACAUGAUUCAACAUCAUUAUAUUCCAUUUGAUGUUGGAAAGAAGACGUACAAUAAUUAA